AGCUUCGUUUUCUUCCGGUGUGGAGGCGUUGUGUCAUGUUUACUAAAUUAUUUCGUACGAACUCAUUUUACAGUUGCACCAAACAAACAUGGCCGCGUCCCCGAUUACAGACGUGAGGAAUAUGGACGAAGAAAACAGCUCUGAAGUGAAAACCGAGGACAGUUUAGCGCCUGAAAAUGGAGACAAACGCAAAGAAGAAGAAACGUCUGGAAGUAGCGAGACGGUGGAUCCGUUCAAGAAACCAGCCAUGUUCGCAGUUCCUCCCAACAAACGCGUCGCCUCAACAGCCGAGCCAGGAUGCCAACAGAAGAGCCGUGUUGCAGACAGACCCGAGGAGACAACGUCUGAUGCUGCCGGUGACAGUAAAAUACUGGAAAAAACACAAAAACUAGACGAAAGUACUGUAAAAGAGCGGAGACAGGAAUUUAAACCGGAGGUGGCUCCUGUCAAAGCUGGAAAGUUCCCCCCUCUCCCGUACACAGAGCCGCCCUGGGGGGGCCCUCCGUCAGACAUCCCCUACUCACUGGAAAUCCUUAAAAACGGCACUAUAGUGGACACAGUCCCCCUCACUCACAGCAGCUACUUUGUAGUUGGACGUCUGCCAGUGUGCCACGUGUCCCUGGAGCAUCCGUCCAUCUCCAGGUACCAUGCAGUGAUCCAGUUUCGGGGACAAUCUGGAGAGGAGGGCUGUGUGGGAGAGGAGAGGGGCUUUUACAUUCAUGACCUGGGCAGCACGCAUGGCACGGUGGUAAACAAAAACAAAGUCCCCCCGAAGACCUACGUCAGGCUGCAUGUGGGUCACGUUUUGAAGUUUGGGGGGAGUACUCGGCUGUUUGUCCUGCAGGGUCCAGAGUUUGAUGAGGAAGAGGAGUCUGAGCUGACGGUGACAGAGCUGAGGGAGCGAGCUCGCAAACAGAGAGCAGAGCUGGAGAAAAGGAUGAUGGGAAACCUUUCUGACGGAGAGGAGGAAGAGGAGGAGGUUAGGGAGGAAGGGAGCACCAAGGCUCAAAGCAAAAAAGUCGAUUCAGGCUGCACAUGGGGGAUGGAUGAAGAGGCAGCUCCAGAGGAAGAUGAGAAUGAGGAAAACCCCUUUUCUACGGAGUUCCUUGAAGACCAGGAAGCGGCGUAUCUGAAAGACCCAAAGAAAGCUCUGCAGGGGUUCUAUGACAGAGAGGGAGAGGAGCUGGAGUUUGAGUAUGAAGACAAAAACCACGGCACGUGGCUCUGUAGAAUAAAGCUGCCGGUGGAUGAUGCAGCGGGGCGUCAGCUGGUUGCCGAGGUAACCCACACAGGGAAGAAGAAGGAGGCAGCUGUCCAGUGCUGCCUCGAGGCUUGUCGGAUGCUGGAGGCCAGAGGGCUGCUGCGACAGGAAGCAGUGUCCCGUAAGAGGAGGAAGAAGAACUGGGAGGAUGAGGACUACUACGACAGCGACGAUGACACCUUUCUGGAUCGUACCGGGACUGUGGAGAAGAAGAGGCAGGAGCGGAUGAAGAAGGCGGGAAAGCUUGAGGAGCGGCCCGACACCUACGAGUCUUUGGUGGCCAAGCUGUCUGCAGUGGAAACGGAGCUGGCAGACACGCAGAGAAAACUCAACACUGGUAGACAAGACUCUUCGUCCUCCUCCACCGAGGACUCGCUGGACGCCUUCAUGACAGCGGUGAGAAGCGAGGCAUCGAUGGACGCUGUGGAGCGCAGGAAGCUUCACGUGCACGUGGCUGACCUGCGUAAAGAGGCGCAGAGGCUUCGUAAACUGGUGGACCUGACGCGGCCGGCGCAGAUGCCCUCACUUCUCCCCGGUGGGAGCUCAGAGGGAGAGAAGCCUAAAAAAACCUUACCGCUGUUUGGAGCCAUGAAGGGAGGAAGCAAGUUUAAACUGAAGACCGGGACCAUCGGGAAGCUGCCUCCCAAGAGGCCCAGCCUGCCUGCAGAGCUCUUCAACAUGAAAGAGCUUCCGCCUGGUGGGGAGGAGGAGGAGGAGGAGGAAGAAGCUGGGAUAAAUAAAGAUGGAGAUGAAUGUAGCAUCGCUGAGUCUAAAGCUGAUGAAGAAGAGUUCAGUGCACCCAUAUCUGAGGAGAACACUCCUUUGAAAGAAGAGUCCUCGGAGGUCAAAGAAAAAAUCCACAAACCGAAGAGAAGCGAUGAAGCGGAGCAGCAAGCCUGCGUGAGCAGCAGGAAGUCGGUAACCCCUCCAAGUCCAGACCUGAAGGCAGGGGGCGACGCAGAGCCAGCUGCAGACCCCAGUCCCAAAAAGAAGAAACGCAUGAUGGGCCCCAGCAGACCCCCAGUCCAGCUGACAGGAGAGUAUCCACAGGAUGACCCAGAAUAUUCAGUGUGGAUGCCUCCUGCAGGUCAGACUGGAGACGGCCGCACUCACCUCAACGACAGAUACGGCUACUGAGGAGGGACACCGCAGAUCGGUUUCUACUUGCUCUCAUCGUCCCAUCUCAUCCCUACAUCUCCGCAUCAUGUCUCAGACUGUGACAAAGAGAGAACACGAUGUUAGAACUCGUCCUGCUCCUCGACGGAGAGCGCUGGAGUCGUUUUGUUUCAUCUCAGCAGCAUCCUCUCUGCCGCCACCUUUUCCUUUUUUCCUCUGAAGGAGGGAAUUGUAGCAGGGAGGGAAAGCAUUCAAGCAGCUUUUCUGACCAUCUGGACACUUGGAUGGAGUACUGGAUGAAACGUAAGCUGAUAAUGACUCAAGCUAAGUGGAGUGUGUUUGUGACCGCGCACGUACACACACACACUGCCCAAAGUUCUCUUUUUAACGAGAUUGCCUUGGUGAGCGCUCGGUGUGUGUUAACUCCAAGCAGGAUUCUUUUUGGGAAAUAUCUUCUGCUUCUUGUUCCUGAAGCAUCUCGCUCACUUCCCUCCGUCUCCUGUUUGGUUUCGUAACACAAUAAAUGUAAAAUGUAUUUUGUUGAAUAAUAAAAUUGUUACACGUCUGGGAA